AUGUCCAUAAACUUCUUCAAAGGUCAUCCGACUAGAGAGUUGCUCCCAGCAAAAGAGAUUGCUGAUUCCUACAAUAAAGUUUUGCUCGAACAAGACUAUCUUUCCUACGAUUCAGACCCACAAAAUCAACAUCCAUUGGCAUACGGGACAGAUCCAGGUAAUCUUGAAGUUCGUGAGACUAUCGCACAGUGGGUGAAUAAAAAGUAUGGAUCUGACACGACAAGAGCGGACCUUAUCAACUUGACAUCAGGAGCUUCAUAUGGUGUUGCAAAUAUUCUCACAUCAUGCACAAGUAGAGACAUAACGUUGCGUGCAUUCAUUGUGACACCGACAUAUUUCUUGAUCAACAAUGCAUUUGUUGAUGUUGGACUUGGUGAUCGCAUGACUGCGGUUAAUGAAACUGCAGGUGGAGAAUACGAUAUUGAUUUGGAUGCACUUACGAGCGAAUUAGUCAAAUACUCAAAAGGAGCAGGCAAAGUCACACUGGAAACGGGGAUAGUUCAAGAUCCUCGAGGAGAACGAAAAAUAUACCGAUUUGUGCUAUAUUUGGUUCCAUCUUUCUCCAACCCAGGAGGUAUGACAUAUAAUGUAAAGACCCGGGAAAAAUUGGUACAGAUUGCUAGAGACUUUGAUUUACUAAUCAUCAGUGAUGAUGUGUAUGAAUACUUGGAUUAUACAGCCGAAAGAGAUGUACCUUUACCAAAGAUUAGUCAAAUAGACCAGGCUACGGUGACAAACAAGUACGGCAAUACCAUUUCGAAUGCAACAUUCUCAAAGAUAAUAGCACCGGGACUCAGAGUUGGAUGGCAGGAAUCGGCUACACCAGCCCUAGUCAAGCAGUUGAGUCAAACUGGUGCAAAUAAGUCAGGCGGAACACCUGCACAAUUAUCGACUCUAGUUGUUGCAGAUAUGAUCAAGUCUCAAAAGCUUGAUACCAAUUUGAGCAAAGUCAUAUCCGUAUACAAAGAGAGGGCAGCUGUGCUUAGAAAGAGUAUUGAAGAUUAUUUGCCCAAGGGAACCGAAGUUCAUGGAGGUGAAGGCGGUUACUUUGUUUGGGUCAAGUUACCAGACACAAUAAAAGACAAUCAAAAAACCAUCAAAAAGCUUGCUGAAGAAAAGGGUGUAAUACUAGCAGGUGGCGAGCAUUUUGAAGUCUUUGGAGAUGAGCGAGGCUGGGGUAAACAAUGUGUUAGACUAAGCCUCAGUUACUUGACAAGCAAAGAGAUUCGUCAGGGCAUAAAACUAUGGGGUGAAGCUAUUGAAAAUAAUAGUUAG